CGCAAUUUAUUUGGCCGAGAGAUGAGCCGUUUCAUUCUUUCCCACAGAAAGUCUCUGCCUCAUGUUCCUCCUCAUGGUGAAGACGUCAGGAUAGGGUUGCGAUUGGGAUCGAAAGCAGUCUGGUCAAAGAUAUGAUUGACUGCUUACAGGUGAGUUGCUGAGUAGGUGUGUGCCUUUUUAUUGUCGACCGUCCUUUCCUUCAUCCACUCCGCUACCUUGUGCGUUAUUUGCUCUCUCUCUCCCUCUCUUCAUCCUACAGCCAUGAGUAGCCUCUCGGUUGAACAGCAAGCUCGUGCGGCCAAAGCAUACAUCAUACAGGAAUUGAAAAAGAGCGAAGACGGCAUACAGAUUCUCGAUGACAAGGAUUUCCAUGCUCGGUUAGACCUGCACUUCAUUACUGUCUUCGCCAUCUUCGCUGAGCUCUACGGAUACCGGAACGAUUGUCUGGACCAGCUGGUCGACUUAAUACGAGUGUGCGGUAAGAGCUGGCAGCAGCGACAUCCCGACUUGCAAAGAAUCGACAAGCAGCGCGAGUCAGAGCCGGAAUGGUACAUGUCGAACCAUAUGCUCGGAGGAGUAUGCUACGUCGAUCGGUACGCCAACAACCUCGCCGGAAUCAAACGACGGAUACCGUAUUUCCAGGAACUUGGCUUGACCUAUCUUCACCUGAUGCCACUCUUUCUUUCUCCUCAGCCUCUCAACGACGGAGGAUAUGCAGUAUCCAGCUACCGUGAUAUUCAGCCAAACUUGGGAACUAUUAAAGAACUCAGAGAUUUAGCAACCGAGCUGAGGAAGGCCGGGAUCAGUUUGGUCCUCGAUCUGGUGUUCAACCAUACUUCAAAUGAGCAUCGCUGGGCCCAGAAAGCUGCCGAAGGUUGUCCAGAGCACUCUGCCAUGUACUGGACCUUUCCUGAUCGAACGGUCCCUUCUGCGUUUGAAAGUACCACGAGAGAAAUCUUCCCUGACGACCAUGCCGGAUCGUUCAUACAACUUCCCGACGGACGCUUCGUGUGGUCCACCUUCUACCAUUUCCAAUGGGACCUGAACUAUUCCAACCCUGCCGUGUUUCGCGCCAUGGCUGCCGAGAUGCUAUAUCUGGCAAACAUUGGCGUGGACUUCUUCCGCAUGGAUGCCGUUGCGUUCAUGUGGAAACAGAUGAAUACCGACUGUGAGAAUCUGCCCGAGGUGCACAAACUACUCCGUGCAUUCAAUGCGCUUUGUCGCAUCGCCGCACCGUCUGUGCUCUUCAAAUCCGAGGCCAUUGUCCAUCCAGAUUUUGUGGUGCAGUACAUUGAUCGGGACGAGUGCCAACUCUCGUACAACCCGCUGCAAAUGGCGCUUACAUGGGAAGCACUAGCCACCAGAGAUGCGUCAAUGCUAUCACAAGCGAUUGAGCGGAGGCAUAACAUCGCCAGGGGUUGCGCGUGGGUCAACUACGUCCGGUCGCACGAUGAUAUUGGGUGGACGUUCUCUGACGAGGAUGCCAGUGAAUUGGGCAAAGAAGGUACCAGUCACAGAAAAUUUCUGAAUGCUUUCUUCGUGAAUAGGUAUCCAGGCAGUUUUGCACGUGGGGUGCCCUUUCAGGAUAACCCAAAAACAGGGGAUUGUAGGAUCUCGGGCACGACGGCGUCCCUGGCAGGUCUAGAGUCGAUGCAAGAUCACGCCAUCGAGAGAAUCCUGCUCGCAUACUCAAUCGCCAUGAGCACGGGAGGUGUUCCGCUGAUAUACCUGGGUGAUGAGGUUGGACAAUUGAAUGACUACAGUUACCUGAAUGACCCGGCAAAGAUGGACGAUAGCCGCUGGGUCAAUCGCCCUUAUUAUCCCGAGGCACGGUAUGCAGAAAGACAUGAUGAGAAUACGAUACCUGGGAAGAUUUAUGCCGGGAUCAAGCAUCUGAUUCAUCUGCGCAAGACGACGGAGGAGCUUGCUGGAGGGAGGGCGGUGGGCUUUUAUACUGGCAACCCGACAAUAUUGGGAUACCAACGACCUGGGCCUAGGUCGACGGUGCUGUGUCUGUGCAAUUUCUCGGAUGAGCCGCAAUGGAUUGGCAAAGAACGAUUCAUGGCGAUGCCUCAAGCAUGCGAGGAUUUGUUGAGUGGGCAUAAGAUUGAUUUAAGGGAGUCGGGGAUCCAAUUGAGGGCUCAUCAGUUUAUGUGGUUGAGGCAUUGAUUCAUCGUUCAUUGAUUGAUUCAUUCGAUGAUGAUGUUGUCCAAGGGUCUAUCUGUUCUAAUCAGAUGGAAUGAGGAAAUGAUAUCCGCCUGUUGCCUGGCCGACACUCUGACAGUUUUCUCGCUUU